AUGACAAAAGAUAGAUUGGUCACGGUGCGAGAAAGUGGGGUAGAUAAUAUAUCUGCAAUGAAGUUGUUACAUGAAAAUAGAAUAGAAAAGCUCCUGGUUAUAGAUGACAAUUUUCACUGCAUAGGUUUAAUAACAGUCAAAGAUAUAGAAAAGUACAAUCAGUAUCCAAAUUCAUGUAAGGAUAGUAAAGGUCGACUUAGGGUUGCCGCUGCAAUCGGGAUUGGUAAACAAGAUGGCAUAGAGAGAUGUGAAGCACUAAUUAGCGAAGAAGUUGAUGUAGUUGUUGUUGAUACUGCUCAUGGACAUUCUGCAGGUGUUAUUAAUACCAUAAAGGAAAUCAAAAGAAUGUACCCAGAUGUACAAUUGAUAGGAGGUAACAUCGCUACAAAAGAAGCGGCUGAAGCAUUGAUUGAUGCAGGUGUUGAUGCAGUAAAAGUUGGUAUAGGACCAGGUUCAAUAUGUACUACCAGGGUUGUUACAGGCGUUGGUGUACCACAAUUCUCUGCAGUCAGAAGCAUUGCAGAGGUGUGUAAAGCGAGGAAUGUAAGGUUAAUCGCUGAUGGUGGAAUAAAAUACUCAGGGGAUAUUGCGAAAGCCAUUGCUGCUGGUGCAGAUUCUGUGAUGAUAGGCUCAAUUUUUGCUGGCACUGAUGAGAGUCCGGGUGAGAUUAUUGUUUAUAAGGGUAGGGCUUAUAAAAGCUACCGUGGCAUGGGCUCUAUUAGUGCAAUGAAGAGGGGCUCAGCUAGCCGUUACUUUCAAGAUAAGGAUGUAAAACUCAAGUUAGUUCCAGAAGGUGUGGAAGGAAGAGUGCCGUUCAAAGGUCCAGCUUCAGGAGUGAUACAUCAGCUAGUAGGAGGACUAAGAGCUGCUAUGGGAUACACUGGUAAUAAAAACAUAGAAGAAAUGAGGAAGAAUUGUAAGUUUAUAGUUAUGACAGCGUCGGGAUUAAGAGAGAGUCACGCUCAUGAUAUAAUAAUUACUCAAGAAGCUCCAAAUUAUGCCUAUCAAACAUCUAGUUCAUCAACUGACUCUGAAUAA